UCUCCACAACUCUCCACAAUAAAACCAAACACAAUCGCGAUAGUUUGUCCAUUUCCAGGAUCCGUCCACAAACCCCGUUUCUUUGGGUUAGCCCGCCCGCCCGAUCUGUUGAUCUCUCUUUUAAACUAUGUGGUGGGUUAGGUAACCUGUUUGGCUUCAUUUUAUCUGUUUGAGGAGCCAGGUGUGCUUGUUUUGGGCUUGUUUCCAUAGAGCUGGUUGCUUCUUUCUCUCGCGAGAUCUGGCAACAGUGGGGAGUGACAACAGCUGGCAGUAUCAACAAAACCGGUUAAACCCGCAGGAAUAACCCGACACGAAACAACAGCACACCAUGGAUCGAUACGAUAACCUGGAUUUGGAUUUGGAGUGUGAAGGAGGAGGAGGAGGAGGAGUAGCUCAAAAAGCAGCGUUAUUCGGAGGGAUGUUCAAAAGAUCCUCCAAGAUCAUUGAACCAUCAGCCCCAGCUCCGGACAGCUUAUCAGUCAGCAGUGAACUGUCGAAGAGCAGCGACAGUCUCACUGACAACAGCACCAAGGAAAAAGGGAAUGUAUUCAAAGACGUGUUUAAGAAGACCACCAAAGCUGGCAAAGAGGGCCGGCAACAGGACUCCCUCUCACUACAAAAUGUUGACCUGUCUGUCAGUAGUGACAGCUUAACAGAAAACAACAAAUCUUCAAAGGAAAAAUCAAGUGUGUUUGGUGGGAUACUAAAACGGCCUCACAAACCAGGACAUGCCCGGAGGCCUUCUCAGGAUCUUUUGGACAUCGAGCUCAGAGCCAGCAACGAAAGUCUGUCUGACAAAAGCACGACUAAAGAGUCAGGAGGAGUGUUUAGUGGGAUAUUUAAAAAAAACCACUUUGGAGCAAGAGCACAAUCUCAGGAGGAUUUGUCAGCACCCAGCGAGCGCUCGGGCAGCAGCGACAAUCUUUCUGUGAAUAGCAGCACUAAGGAGUCAGGUGGGGUGUUCAGUGGGAUGUUUAAAAAAUCCCCAAAACCAUCAAGAAAAAAGACAGAAUCUCAGGAGGAUCUGACUGCACCUAGUGAGCAAUCAGGCAGCAAUGACAAUCUCUCUGUGAACAGCAGCACUAAGGAAGCGGGAGGGCUGUUCGGUGGGAUGUUUAAAAAAUCCCCAAAGCCAUUUGCAAGAGCACAAUCUCAAGAGGAUUUGUCAGCACCCAGUGAGCGCUCAGGCAGCACUGACAAUCUGUCUGUGAACUCCAACACUAAGGAGUCCGGAGGGGUGUUCAGUGGGAUGUUUAAAAAAUCCCCUUUUGCAAAAGCACAAUCUCAGGAGGAUUUGUCUGCACCAGGCGAACUCUCAGGAAGCAACGACAAUCUAACUGAGAGUAACAACACUAAGGAGAAAGGAGGAAUCUUUGGUGGUGUGUUCAAAAAGAAAGUUGCCAAAUCUCAGUCUCAGGAUGAUUUGACUGCGGAGAUUGACCUCUCCGCCAGCAGUGACAGUCUCGUAGAAAAACCUUCAAAGGGUGAAGCAUCGGCAAAGAAGAAGUAUCCUUUCACCUCAUCUCAGGAUAAAGAGAAGACAGACUCCAACGAGAACAACUCUACUGAGGAGAAGCCCAAAGCCAAGCAGAACGGAUUUAACGCCAUGAUGAAGGGCGCGUUCUACCCAGACAAAAAGGAGAAGAACUCUAACUCUGACGGGGAGGAGGCAUCCGACGAUGGAGAGGGCCAACACGGUCACAAACAGAAUAAAUUCUCUGAGGCGAUGACGAAGCUGAAUCCAUUUCGAUAUGGAAACAAAAAAGACACUGAAGACACUGAAGAGAUGCUCAAGGAGAACGAAAAUCCAGAGAAAGAGUAUCCAAAGACGGUCAAAGGCAACAUGAUCCAGCGAGAGAGGAAAGAAAGAAGUGAAACUCCACUGGUCCCACCCAGACCGACUGAAGAGGAGAUGAAAAGGACGUCCACAUUCGACAAGGUGAAAUCAAGAGGAACUGAGGAUAGUCAGGGAAACAAGGACAUGUUCUCCAGAGACAGAAAGGAAAAACCCUCAGAAACAGUUCCAGUCAAACCGUCAGAGGAGGAGGUGAACAGAACAGCAGGACGUGGUCAGCAAAAGCAGAAGAACAAUAAUGAGAGCCAGUCAGAUGAUGAAAUCCUCAACGAAGAGAGCAAAAAAACCAAGGUCAAAAAACACAAGCACCAUAAUCCGUUUAUGCUACGUGCUGCAGCCAAGGCUCAGUCUGAUGAUGAGGGGCUGAAAGAAGACGACGAGGAAAAGAAAAUGGAGGAGGAGGGCAAAGAGAAAACAGAGGAGACCAAAGUUAAGAAACCUAGGCGACAUAAUCCCUUCAUGCAUCAGGCCAAGGCUCCGUCUGAUGAUGAAGGGCUGAAAGAAGAAGAAGAAGGCAAUUCUUCAUCCAAAGAGGGAAAGAAAGACGAGGAGGGCAAGACCAAAGUCAAGAAGCCUAAGAAACAUAAUCCCUUCAUGCCUCGGGGCAAGGGCAGAGCUUUGCAGAGGAACGCACAGGAUGGAGCAGGAAACUCCGCAGAGAAUGAAGGUGGAAAUCGAACCUUGUUCGACCAGCUGGAGGACUUCCGUAUCGACCCAGCUCAACCUAGAAGUGGACAGGAUGCGGAGGAUCUCAUGGAGUGGUGGAACUCAGUGGAGUCUUGGGAAGAAACGCCACAGGAUGAAGACAUGACAGAAAAAGAAGAGGCCAAGGCGUUUGCUGUGACGGCCGACAAGGUGCAGAAGGGUAUCCGUGUCUUUAACAAGCUGUUCUCAGAGCGUGCUGAGAGCCUCUGGAUGCACGUCGUCGACCUCAACAGCAUCGCCGACGGCCUGGACAAGUUCAGCAAGAACACGAAGAUCGCUCAAAUCACCGGCGGCUCCACCAGCGCCCUUGGAGGCGUCGCCACCAUCACGGGCCUUGCUCUGGCCCCGGUCACCAUGGGAGUGUCCUUGAUCGUCACGGCCGUGGGAUUGGGUGUCGCGACAGCAGGGGGUCUGACGUCGGCAGGCGCUGGCAUCUCCAACCAGGUCAACAACUCCAUGGACCGCAAGAAGGUGGAGAAGAUCGUGCAUGACUAUCAGGACAAGAUGGUCGACCUCAACAAGUGCCUGAAGUUCAUCAAGCAGGGAAUCGAGAACCUGAAGAGGUUUGACCUGAUCAAGAUGAAAAAGCACGCCUACAACCGCGACUUCCCCGUGCUCAGCAGCAGUUUCUACGAGGACGGUGCCAUGGCGGGAAAAGCCAUCCUGAUCAACGCUAAUGAGAUCAUGCGCGUCGUGCAGAUCGCCAACGUGGCCGGCAGCACAGCGGCCAGGGCGGUGCAGAUCGCCAGCAUGGCCACCGGGGUUCUCACCGGCCUCUUCGUAGGCAUGGAUAUCUACUUUGUGGCCAAAGACUCCAAAGAACUGAAGAAAGGGGCCAAGUCAGAGUUCGCCGCCAAAAUCAGGGAGGUGGCGACGCAGCUGCACGACGGUCUGGUGGAGCUGAACACGAUCAGGCAAGAGCUGCAAGCGACCUCACCAGACAACAACGCCGGCAACAAUCCAGCUGCUGUGGACGCCGAGAAGAAAGAGAAGGACGACAAGUACAGCAGCUCAGAGGAGGAUGAAAUCGACCGCAUUAAAAAGGCCAUUAAAAAGGACUACGAGAACCGAGAAUAUGUGUGACAGAAGCCUCAACAACUGGAAAAGGCCUGACGUUCAAACAGAGGAGUCACUUCACCACCAGUCCCCCGACUAAAAUAUAAGCAUUCCUGUGACUUGUUGGCACCUUUACGAGGAUGGGUGUCACCCAUUCUUAAAGGGAUACUUCACCCAUUUGCAUUAAGCUUUGUAUCAUUAGAAACCUGGUAGUGUUUUUGCAGUAAAUUUCUGAAUCAGUUGAGGAAACGGCCUUAUGUACUGAAGUAAAUAUGUCUGUAAAUGUUUUUAUUACUAUAUUUCUACUGCUGACCCAAUGUCAAUACAGAUUCAUGUUUCGACGGGUGAAGUAUCCCUUUAAUACAAAAAACUACAAUCAGCUUAUUGUGAAUGUCAAAAGAGGAGACGCCACUCUCGACCGUAUACACUAGUUACUAACUUUCCUUUUGGAGAACUGACUUCUUGAUUCUGAACACUACAGCUGAGGCUUUUGCGGUACUAAAAAAAAAGUCUCACAUCUGCUUCGCUGGCAGCUGUGCCAUCGUGAGAAACUGCCACGUUUUUUAAGGACGAAAUCAAACAAAAUCAUGCACAUGUCAUGGUGUGGUUUAAGAUGACCUAAAGGAAACUAUUUUCUAGAUUUGAUCAUUUAGACUUUAAACCAUGCUUGAGUUUAAUCGGUGUGUUUGUUCAUAUUGAAACUUUUACCUACUGUAGCGAUCCUGAUCCUUGGUGAACAUGAUAUUUAUUUUUAGUCCAGGGUGGAGUUGUUUAUUAUUAUGACAGCUUUUUUUACGUGCAAUAUAUUGUCAAAUUCCAUGUGUACUAAAUGUAAAAAUUUAAUCAUUAAAAGUCUGAAACACA